AUGCUUGCUCUAUUAGGUUUUGCAUAUCGUGCAAGAAUUGAUCGAAGCUAUGAUUAUAGAGCUGGAGACGUAUGUGUUUCUCAAUGCCACAGUAGAGAUAGAACAUACUCACACUGCAUUACAAAGUGUAAUCGCACUUCUUAUCAUCUUGAAUUUGAUGAAAGAUGCUGGAAGAAAGACACUAUCAAGUGCGAACGAUUUGGAAGAGAAGAUGACGUCCCACAAGCAAACUGCCCAACAGGAUGCUUAGUUCCAAUGUAUUCUAGUUGCACAGAUAAGUCAGCCCCACAUUACACCUGUGUGACAUCAUGCAUGAAAGAAGUCAGAUACAAAUCGGAAUGCGACAAUCUUCCAUCAGGCAAAACGAAAUGCGUAUAUUGGAAACCAAUUUACAGUGAGUCAAAACCAAGAUAUGAUUUCGAUAAUGCGAAAUCAAUAACAAAGUUUGUUGUUUAA